GUCAGAAAACUGCACCUGCCUCUCCCUGAGACACGAUGGACGAGCUGUGUCCCAAGCCUCGCCAUGGAGCAGCUGAGCGCCGCCAACUCCGCCUUCGCCCUGGACCUGUUCCGCACCUUGAGUGAAGACAGCCCCCGUGGGAACCUCUUCUUCUCUCCUCUGAGCAUCUCCUCAGCACUGGCCAUGGUCUUUCUGGGGACCAGAGGCAACACUGCGGCCCAAGUGUCCAAGACUCUUCAUUUUGACGAGGUAGAGAAGGUUCAUUCCAGAUUUCAGAGUCUGAUCGCUGCUGUCAACAAGCCUGACGCCUCCUAUGUGCUGAAACUGGCUAACAGGUUAUACGGAGAGACCACCUAUAAUUUCCUCCCUGAGUUCUUAGCUUCAACUCAGGAGCUGUAUGGUGCUGAGCUGGCCAGUGUGGAUUUCCAGGGCAACUCUGAAGGUGCCAGGAAGGUGAUCAACCAGUGGGUCAAAGAGCAAACGGAAGGGAAGAUUCCAGAAAUGUUGGCUGCAGGUGUGGUGGGUAGCAUGACUAAGCUUGUGCUGGUGAAUGCCAUCUACUUCAAAGGCUCCUGGCAGGACGAAUUCAGAAAAGAGGAAACCAGGGACGCCCCAUUCAGGUUGAAUAAGCGAGAAACAAAAAUAGUGAAAAUGAUGUACCAGAAGAAGAAACUGCUAUUUGGCUUCAUCCGGCCACUCAAGUGCCGCGUGCUGGAACUGCCGUACAAGGGCGGGGAGCUCAGCAUGGUCAUCCUGCUGCCCGAUGACAUAGAGGACGAGUCCACAGGGCUGGAGAAGAUCGAGCAGCAGUUGACAUUGGAAAAACUGCAUGAGUGGACCAAGCCCAAGAAUAUGGUUCAUAGGGAUGUCCACGUGCACUUGCCCAAAUUCAAGCUGGAGGAGACCUAUGAUCUCAGCUCCCACCUGGCUCGCAUGGGUGUGGAAGAUCUCUUUAGCAGCAGCAAGGCGGAUCUGUCUGGCAUGACAGAUACCACAGAUAUUUUCAUAUCAAAAAUGAUUCACAAGUCCUUUGUGGAGGUGAAUGAGGAGGGCACAGAGGCAGUGGCCAUCACAGUUGGCAUAUUCAUGCGUAAAUCUGGGAUAGAGCAAAAUUUCGUUGCCGACCACCCAUUCAUCUUCAUGAUUCGUCACAACUCCUCUGGCAGCAUCCUGUUCUUAGGCAGAUUGUGUUCCCCUUAGAGGCUGUAGAAAUA